AUGGCGGGGGCGACGGUGCUGGUCACCGGCGCCAGCGGCUUCAUCGGCUCCACCCUCGUCCGCCUCCUCCUCGGCCGCGGCUACAACGUCCACGCCGGCGUCCUCAACCCCGAUGACACGGCGGAGACGGAGCACCUGCUCGCCCUGGCCGCCGGCGCCGGCGAGGGCCGCCUCCGCAUCUUCCGCGGCGACCUCCUCGACGGCGCCGCGCUGAUGGACGCCGCGCGGGGCUGCUCGGGCGUCUUCCACCUCGCCUCGCCCUGCAUCGUGGACGCCGUCAGCGACCCCCAGAAGCAACUGAUAGUGCCGGCGGUGGAAGGGACGCUGAACGUGCUGCGCGCCGCCAAGGAGGCCGGGAGCGUGCGGCGGGUGGUGGUCACCUCGUCCAGCUCGGCCAUCAUGCCCAGCCCCGGGUGGCCCGCCGGCGAGGUCCGCGACGAGCGCUGCUGGACCGACAUCGACUACUGCGAGAAAAACGGGGUUUGGUACCCUGUUUCCAAGACGCUGGCAGAGAAGGCCGCGUGGAAGUUUGCAGAGGAAAACGGGCUGGAUGUGGUUGUGAUUAAUCCAAUGUCUGUCCUGGGCCCGAUAAUCCCACCAACCAUCAAUUCUAGCAUGUCCGUGCUUCUACGCCUCCUUCAAGGUUGCACAGAGGAGUACAAGGACAUCUGGAUGGGGGCAGUCCAUGUGGAAGACGUUGCCUUGGCCCAUCUCCUGGUGUUCGAAAACCCAUCAGCCUCCGGGAGGCACAUCUGCGCCGAGUCCAUCAAUCACUUGAGCGACUUCGCGGCCAAACUUGCCGAGCUCUACCCCAGCUACAAAGUGCCCAAGUUCCCCAGGGAUACCCAGCCUGGGCUGGUGAGAGCGGAAGCGGAGGUGGCGUCGAAGAAGCUCGUCGCGCUAGGGCUGCAGUUCAGGCCCCUGGAGAAGAUCAUCAGGGAUGCCGUGGAGAGCCUUAAGAGCAGAGGCUACAUUUCGUAG